UUUAAAAGCACGUGUCAUCUUGACUUCGCACUCAGAAAUCACACCUUGUUUCUAGGAAAUACGACUAGUAGACGAUCUGGCGUGAAACGCGCACAAGUGUGUUUAAACUUCAGAUGCCAGCCGAGUGGAGAAACAUUUUCUAAAGUGUAAGUUUCACUGGCAGGCCAAAGUGACCUGCAUUUAGAUUUGGUUGACAUCCGAUCUGACCGCACCGGACCCUACUCUUACCUUGGGUUGUUCUUGGGUAAAGUAAGCGGUGAUGACCCUGUCUGGAGGCAACAGUGCCAGCGAUAUGUCCGGCCAGACGGUGCUUACAGCCGACGAUGUGGAUAUCGACGUGGUUGGAGAGGGCGACGAGAGUAUGGAGCGGGACAGCGACUGCGAGAGCCAGGGGAUCCACGACCGAGGGGAUGACAUGGAAGAGAUCGACGUGAAAGAGAGCAGCGGCAGCCCAUGCGAGAGCUCUGGCGAGGGUGAGAAGGGGGACGGGCAGGACAGCUCCUCAGGCACCGGUCAAAGCAAGCCGAAGAACAGCCUGGUGAAGCCUCCCUACUCAUAUAUUGCACUCAUUACCAUGGCCAUCCUGCAAAGUCCACAGAAAAAGUUGACGCUGAGCGGCAUCUGUGAGUUUAUCAGCAACCGCUUUCAGUACUACAGGGAGAAGUUCCCUGCCUGGCAGAACUCAAUUAGGCACAACUUGUCCCUCAACGACUGCUUUGUCAAGAUCCCGAGGGAGCCCGGCAACCCGGGAAAAGGCAACUACUGGACACUGGACCCCGCGUCAGAAGACAUGUUUGACAACGGCAGCUUUCUGAGGCGGAGGAAACGCUUCAAGAGGGUGCAGCCAGACAUUCUCAGGGAACAAACCGCACUCAUGAUGCAGAGCUUUGGGGCGUACAGCAUUGGGAAUCCCUACGGCCGUCACUACGGAUUUCACCCGGCCGCGUACGCACACCCAGCAGCCUUGCAGUACCCUUGCAUUUCCCCGGUGGGUCCCAUGCUUCCCCCCGCUGUCCCCCUGCUACCAUCCGCCGAGCUGAAUCGCAAAGCCUUCAACUCGCAGCUUAGCCCAAGCUUGCAACUUCAACUCAACAGCCUUAGCACUGCGUCCAUGAUCAAAUCGGAACCAUCCAGCCGUCCGUCGUUUAGUAUAGAGAACAUAAUCGGGGUCUCCAGCGCUUCCAACGCACAGACUUUGCUGCGGCCUCCCGUCACCGCACAGUCCGCGCUACUGAGCGCGCAAUCCUUGUCUCUCACGCGGACAUCUAUGGCUCCCAUACUCAGCGUCCCUUCGAAUAUCAUGUCUGGACAGUUUCUACCAACAUCAGCUGCAGCAGUUUCCAAAUGGCCGUCUCAGUGAUGGGGCAUAACAAACAAAAUAUUUUUGUACAUUUUUUUUUCUUCUGAAGACUAUACAGCACAUACGAGGCACCAAUGGACAUUAUAUGCCAAAAUGUAGCCAUGUAAAGUUUUAAAGAGAAAAAAAACGAAAAGGAAUGCUAUCUGUACAGGUAAUAUUUGUAAAUAUUUGUACAAAGAAGUUUAAUUAAUGAUUUGAUUUGAUUGUUUUUGCGUCAACGUUUGGACUUGAAUGAAAUGCGCUGGAGUGACUGAUUAAUUUUAUUUUUUAUGUAUUUUUUAUAUAUAAAAAGAAGUCCAACUUUUUGCCCCAGAAUUACGACAUUUUAUUUUGUUUUCUCAACAAAAUACACAAAUGUUCUUAUCAAAUAGAACGGGUAGCCGUUUAUAAAUUUAAAUAUAUGUAUCUAUGUAUCUAUUGUGUUGUAAACUGCAUUCUUUUGUUAAUAAAUAUGUAAACGAACCACA